AUAUUGCUGUUCCUAUCAGGGAAGACUUCUUCCCAGGGAAGGUUAUCUGGGGUAGUGAGAAAAGCCACCCCCAGCUCUCUGAAAACUGGCUCAGCAGGUCUCUGGGUUGUUAUGUGGGCCACCUGAAUAGGGGAACCAGCAGCUGCCUAGCCUUUUUUCCUACCUCCUUCCCUUCAUCUUUUCCAGGAUCCCUCAGCUACUCUAAAGUUUGUCCCAUUCAUGUCCCCCAGGAGUUGACCCCAGUCAGGACUGAAUUUUCUUCCGUCUCUGUCCCUGUAUCCCCUGGCAGCGUCCUUCAGUUUAUUUGGUUCCUUUCUCACUUUUCUCCUAGGCCUUACUAUUUCAGGGCUGGAGCAACUUUCUUUUGUCUUAGAUCUCUCCGUCCCUCUCCCACAAUUCAUAUUAGGAAACAGAUACAUAGUCAGAAGUUGUUACAGUUUCAGUGUUGUAACACUAGAAAUCUCAGCCCCACCAGACAUUUCCAUUCCUGGAACUAUUUUUUCUGGGGUUACAGGAAAGGGAAGUCCCGUCACCAUCUAGUUCCCACAGAGUGGUGGCAGCACAGCCUCUCAGCCCUACCUCCUCAUUACCCCCAGGUGGCCCCAAAUCCCCUCUGAAAGCACACGGUUCAGGUAUCAGCAUAGCAAUCUGUGAAGCUUGGGAUGGGGUGGAGAGAGUAUGGAAGGCUUAGAUCACAUGUCCUGAGUGAGGCAGGACCCGAUUGUCCCCAACACAGAACAACUGGGAGAUAGCUACCAUAGACUGCCCCGUUUUGGAAUAGACCAGCUCCAGGCAUGAACUAAGACUGUCCACAGCCCUUGGAUUAGUCAUGGCAUUGAAGAGGAGGAGAAGGCACAGAGCACUGGGCUGUGCCUGUCAGGGAGUCUGGAGUUUCUGGUUUCGAAGCUCGAAGCUCGGGAAGGCAGGGGAGGGGCCUCCAUGUAGGGGGAGGGCGGGAAGCUGGGGCAGGGCCCUAGUCAGUAUGCAAUUCUGUGUAAGCAGAGGCAACACAGAACAGAAAGAGGAUACCAACAGUCUCCUGAAAUCCGGGAGUGGACGCUGCAGCUUUGGCCACCUAAAAUACUACUCCUGCUCCAAAGAUUAUAACUGCAUUUGUCAUUCUAGGCUUCUGCUUAACCUGGAGCAGAGGGAUGGAGCCACUACUGGGAGUAAAAAUCGGUUGCCUGUUUGCUCUGCUGACUCUUACUCUGGUCUGUGGUCUUAUUCCAGUCUGCUUCAAAUGCUUCCAGAUUCAUGCAGCCACAGGUCGUCACCGCCGGGUUCUCAGCCUCCUGGGUUGUACUUCUGCUGGUGUUUUUUUAGGAGCAGGGUUCAUGCACAUGACACCUGAAGCCCUGGAGGGAAUUGAGUCAGAGAUCCAGAGGUUCCUGAUGCAGAACAGGACAGAAAAUGAAGGAAACUCUUCUGAUGCCGCUGAUUCAGCUUAUGUGAUGGAGUAUCCCUAUGGAGAGCUCAUCAUCUCCCUGGGCUUCUUCUUGGUCUUCCUUUUGGAGUCACUGGCAUUGCAGUUCUGCCCUGGGGCUGCUGGAAGAUCAGAAGUUAAGGAGGAGGAAUGGAGUGGGGCUCAUGCUCCUGGACUCCAUAGCCAUGAACCUCUGCCCUCACCCUCCCAGGGUCCCCUUCGAGCCCUCGUCCUCUUGCUUGCACUCUCCUUUCACUCGGUGUUUGAAGGUCUAGCUGUGGGGCUGCAGAAGACAGUAGCAGCUACCCUGCAGCUCUGUCUUGCUGUCCUGGCUCACAAGGGGCUCGUAGUGUUUGGUGUAGGUCUGCGGCUAGUGCAGAUAGGCACUGGAUCACAGUGGGCCAUGUUCUCCAUACUGGCAUUAGCUCUCAUGUCCCCCCUGGGCCUAGCCUUAGGGCUGGCUGUGGCUGGAGGGGACCCUAAAGGAGGACAGGACUUAGCCCAGGCAGUGUUAGAGGGUGUAGCAGCUGGCACUUUCCUGUAUGUCACCUUCCUAGAAAUUCUGCCCCGGGAACUAGCUGCUCCUGAGGCCCCUCUGGCUAAGUGGAGCUGUGUAGCUGCUGGUUUUGCUUUCAUGGCCUUUAUUGCCUUAUGGGCCUGAGUGAUUCUAGACUUUUCUGAGGGACUAGGAUGGCUUCCCUACCUUCAAGAGGCACUUUCUAAAUGUCUUUGGCCCUCAGAUAUUUCUUCAUUGAAAUUAAGUGACAUUCACUAGGCAUCAUACCCCAGCUUUUCCCUACUUGAGAUCCUAUUUCUCAUCCAGGACUGGCAAAAGAUGUUUAGAUUGAGUGCCUAUAAAUUGGAAAAUUAGAAUAAAGACCAUUACUUCAGAUCUGA